GAUUGGAAUUGAGUGGUUUCGGAAUCUUUGAAAUCCAAUACACCCGACUCUCUAUCCCCGAGCGGUUACGUGAUCGGACGGAAUUGUGCCGUGCCAAGCCGCCUCCCUGCUGCCGUAAUUACGUCUCUCAACGCCAACGCCAGGUUUGGAAUCCUCGCAGGAACAAUAAGCGUAAAAUCUGAUAAAUCAAAUGUGAGCCCGGAAUCUUUCCACACCGCGGUUACUUAACUGCUAUGAUAACCGUUUCAAUCUCGCCCUUGAAUUAUUCAAUAUGUCAACUGUUUCCAGUCCUCAACAGGUAGAGAUGGUGGCGACAGGGGACGCAGAUGAUGCACUUCGGCGUCGACGCGAACGGGGCCGUCGAUCCCAAGCUGGUUUUAGGAAACGCCAAGCGGAAGCGCAUCAGCAUAUGCGAGAUCAAAAUCGCCAGCUGAAAGCUGCGAUUGAAAAGUUGAUCAAUACAACCCGCGGUGACGAGCAUCCGGAAUUGCUCAACACCAUAUUCGAAGUGGCCGAGGCUGCUGGUAUCGAUGCCCAAAGACCUGCACACUGUGAAAGCGUUCAGCAUUGGCCUAGACACGUAAGCUUCGAAAACAGCCACAUCUCCUCGUCUCGAGUUGACGGCGAGGUUGACAUAACUAUCCACGCUACGACAAAGGAUAUUGUCCCUGAAGAGGGUGACCAAGGGUGUUCUAAUUUGGACUUGUCGACUCCGUCCUCAGCUUCAUCACAGCGACUUCGAUGCGGUAUAUGGCUAGAUCACCAGUAUUACAUGCGCAUAUCCGUACCACCCGACGACAUCUUACCGUAUCUAGGACCGGGUUCUAAGACGUUCGCCGGAAUCCUCUUCUGGGAUUUAAUGGAUCACAGUCAAAAUAAAUGUAAGCGUCCGCACUCGGACGAUGUCACCAUCAUCCGGAGAGGUCUGGGCCACUCGAAGGUGACGGAGAAUUGGGCAGUUAGUUACAUUCACGCCAUGGUUGACGCGAGGCAAGAGUACAGACGGACAGGGUCGAUAAGUCCGCAGUACGCAUCAGCCGCGGAACAGGAUCUGGGAGCGAUGGUGCGCGAUCGCAUCACCGCAGAAUACCAGGCGCAGGGAAAGGACCCCAACCAGUGGCUAUCUACCUUGGGGAUUGAAAAACGAGUCAGGGCCAUGGUCAGCGACGACGCCUUUGCACGUUUGGAGGCGGUUGCGAAGGGCGAGGGUGACCCUGCCCUACGACAGUUCUUUGAGAAUAUCGAGUGCAGGCUUCACGAGACUUGCAUAUGCUUUGGUGAUGGGCCAAGGUGGAGUAUAGACAUUGUGGAUGGGCUAUUUCUCAGCUGGGUCUAUACCGCCUUCCGGUCUCCUACGUGACGGAGAUUUAGGGAAGGAUAAAGCACCGGCAUGUCUGUCUUGUGUGACUGUACCUAUAUUAGGACGUACAUAUGUAGUUUACUUUGGUAAGUAACGACCUCGGAGAUAUGUAUGGCAUUACGAAGUACUGAGCAUGUUAGAAUUAGACUGCCUUCAUUUAACUUAAUUGGCUAAACCACCUUAAUGGUCAAUUGGCCCAGCCAAUCAACAAUUGUGCUUUCCUGGAGAUAGCGGC